CAUGGGGGAGAUCCCAAGCUCAGUCCCCACAAAGUUCAGGGCCGGUCGGAGGCAGGGGCAGGUCCGGGUCCAAAGGGGCGCCGCCUCACUGCCGCACCUCCAUCCAGCAAGGACACCACAGCUCUUCCGACUCCAGCAGCAGCUCCAGCGACUCCGACACGGAUGUGAAGUCCCACGCUGCUGGCUCCAAGCAGCACGAGAGCAUCCCGGGCAAGGCCAAGAAGCCCAAAGUGAAGAAGGAGAAGGGCAAGAAGGAGAAGGGCAAGAAGAAGGAGGCUCCCCACUGAAGGGCCCUGGACAGGGCUCAUUAAACCUUCCUCUCUGCCUUCUGCGACUGGUCAGCGUGGUGCCUACUCUGGCCCAUCCCCAGCUCCCUGCCCCCUGCCCAGCGCUGGGCCCGCCCAUUCGUGCGCGAGGCCAAGGAGAGGCUGUCCACGCCAUGCCCAUCAGGGUUUAUUGUUUCUGUAACAGCGGCCACGCCCUGGGGCGGUAG